UCUUCAACUGCUCUCGUGGGCGGGUACACAUUAUGGGAAGCCGGCUACACGUUAUACGUGAUUGCUGGCAUUUGGAUUGUGAGCGGAUCUUUGGCAACUCCGAGUCUGUAUGGCUACGAUGAGAUCUACUUCGAGUACGGCAACAACACCGUGUGUGUCUGCGCUUCGAGGACGAACGAAAAGCUGCAAUUCGUGGUGGUGAACCUGAUUCUCGCCUUCAUCGUCCCAUUUAUGCUCAUCUCUGUAUCGUAUACGAAAAUCUUCUACACGGUAUCGAAUCAUCGAAGUCUCGCCGUUGAUGCUCAUAUUCGAGAUGAACGAAUCAAGCUUCGUGUGGCGACGAUGAUGUUGACUGUCAUCGUGGUGUUCGCAUUGUGUUGGCUGCCCUUAUACGGAAUCUACACGUACUUCUUUUUCUUCGCUGACAACAAUUCCUACGUGUUCAUGCUGGCUUCUCAGGUUCUUCGACCGUUUUUCCAGUGGCUUUCGUUGCUAAGCAGCUCAUUGAAUCCGUUGAUAUAUAUCGCCUACAGCCAGAAAUAUCGCCGAGCAUUUCACAAGAUUCUGCUACUUCCUUGUCGAUCAAAGUACGAGAGAGUACGAGGGACCCUUCUACGCAGCCACGACACGCAGAUUUCCGAAGGAAGUCAGAUUAAAAAGAAUUCGACUUUGAACCGUAGCAGUCGAUAUUUGCAUUCGACAACGAUGGCGCCUUCUGCGAAAGACGGAGCAGUUUCACCGAUGAUAACGAUGAUGGAUAGCCCUCGAUCUGAAAGACGUAGCAACAGUACCUCAUGC